AGGGUUUUUUUGUAAAUCGACUUUACCUGAAGGAGGUGGUUGCAAUUUAGUAAUUUACCCUCCUAUAAAUAAUAAACUUCAGAUCCCACAAUCUCACAAAAAUCCCACAAAAAGAGUGAAAAAUGGCAGAUUUGUUCAUCAAACAGGCAAAGCAGUACUCAGAGGGCAGGCCUUCUUACCCGCAGCAACUCUUCGAUUUCAUUGCUUCCAACACCCCGUCUCACGACCUUGCCUGGGAUGUCGGCACCGGCACCGGCCAGGCGGCAAAAUCGCUGGCUAAUUACUACAAGAAUGUAAUAGCAACAGACACAAGCCCGAAGCAACUAGAAUUCGCAGCCAAGUUACCAAACAUAACAUACCGUUGCACUUCCGCCACCAUGUCCGCCGAUGAACUCCGAGAAAAAGUCGGAUCCGAAUCCAGCUUCGAUCUAGUAACCAUAGCUCAAGCCAUGCACUGGUUCGAUCUCCCCACAUUCUACCAGCAAGUGAAAUGCGUUCUAAAGAAGCCCGAUGGGGUCAUCGCUGCAUGGUGCUACACUACGCCGGAAGUCAACCCUUCUGUUGACUCACUGUUCCAGAUAUUCUACAAUGUUGGUGCCGGUCCGUACUGGGAGCCGGCGCGUAAGUUGGUUGAGCAGAAAUACGAAACCAUUGACUUCCCGUUCGAGCCAAUAGAUGGGCUCGAGCAUAACGGGCCGUUUCGAUUUAAUUCGGAGAAGGUGAUGGAUUUGGAGGGCUACUUUACGUACUUGAGGUCAUGGUCUGCUUAUCAAACUGCUAAAGAGAAGGGUGUGGAAUUGUUGACCGAUAGUGUGGUCGAAGAUUUUACGAGGGCUUGGAAUGAAGACGGUCAAUUACAGAAGAUUGUCACGUACCCGGUUUAUUUGAGGAUUGGGAAAGUUGGCUCGUCUAUUUGAUGAUGUUUAGGGAAGAUAUAUUCAUCUUCUUGUAAUAAAGAUGUAUCGUAAUUUAUGUGUGUUUUCUGAAAGUACUAUGUUCGUUUAGAA